GCUGGAGUUCAGGCUUUCCAGAAUCCUAUCCGAAGGCCGGGUCCUGAUCCCUCUGUAGUAUAUGCGGAUGGAUACUAUCAUCUGACAUACACGACGUAUAACCACAUUGAGAUCACAAAAGCUGCCAAACUUGGAGAUCUCAUCAACGGAGAAACCAAGACGAUAUGGACCGACACCAACAGAACCCGCAGUGCCAACAUGUGGGCACCGGAAAUUCAUCGAAUCGAUGACAUCUGGUAUAUGUUCUACUCAAGCUGUAACGCAGAUCUGCCCAUUGAUGGAACUUACUUGGAGAUCCCUGGCAAGGGGCGUUUCCAUGUGUUGAGCAUUAUUAACAAGGACCUUUUGCAAUCAAUCGCCAUCACUCGUCUAGAUACUGAGAAUUGGACGGUGGACGGCUGGCAUGUCAUUUCUAUUCCAGAUCAGCCGUGGGAGAUGAACACGACCAACUCGAACCCAAACUCUAUCACUGCUGUCAAUGAAGCCCCCCAUCCUCUUUACCAUAAUGGGGAGAUCUGGCUUUCUUACUCUGGAUCGUACUGCGGAACACCCAAUUAUGCUCUUGGACUCUUGCACUACAACGGUGGAGAUCCCUUGAAGGCUUCAUCAUGGGAUAAGAUUGGCCCCGUGUUCUCUCAAGCCAACGGAAACUACGGCACCGGUCACAACUGCUUUUUUACUUCUCCCGAUGGAAGCCAAAUCUGGAACGCCUUCCACGCAACCAGUAACUCGAGAGGAUCUUGCGGUGGCGACAGAUAUGCCCUCGCUCAGCUGGUGACCUUCAAGCCUGGCCAAACACCAGAGUUCGGUGUGCCGCAGCCUCUUUCUGCUGUGUUGGAUCCUCCCAGUGGAGAAUAG